AUGUCCGCGCCGCGCGAGCGCAAGCGCCCGCGGCGCUCGCGCUGGGAGCCUGUGGAUGAGCGCGUCAAGGAGCGCCGCGAGCUGCAGGCGCGUCUAGAUCGCAUCACGAGCACGAUCGCCACGAACGCCAUCCCGGUCGACGAGCUGUGCCGCUCGCCGUCACCCGAGCCGCGCUAUGACGCGCGCGGGAAGCGCGUCAACACCCGCUACGACCGCGCGCUGGACAAGCUGGAGAUGGAGCGCUUCAAGCUGUGCGCCCGCCUGGGCCAGCUGGACCCGACCUUCCGCCCGCCGCACGGCAUGCGCGCCCUCAAGUUUUCGGACAAGCUGUUCAUUCCGAAGGAGAAGGAGGGCACGCUCAACUUCAUCGGCCGCAUCCUCGGUCCGAGGGGGAACACCCAGAAGCGCCUGGAGAAGGACUACAACUGCAAGGUCGCUAUUCGCGGCAAGGGCAGCGUGAAGGACGGCCGCGCGCGCGGGCCGUCGCAGCCGGAGGACAGCGAGCAGCUGCACGUCAUCAUCACUGCGGAGGGCAUGGACGCGAAGGACCGUAUCGCCCAAUGCAAGAUCAAGAUCAUGGACAUCCUGCAGCCGCGCCCGGACGACGCAAACGACCACAAGCAGGCCCAGCUGCGCGAGCUCGCACAGCUCAACGGCACGCUGCGCGACCAAGACCGCGACUUCCGGUCCCCCGCCGCGCGCGGCGCCUUUGAUCGCGCCUCCGGCCGAAUCGCCUGCGCCAUCUGCGGCGAGAGCUCCCACCCCACGCCCGACUGCCCGAAAAAGGGCCCCAAGCCGCCCGAUGACGCCAACUUGGACGCGGACUACGUCGCAUUUAUGGCAGAGCUCAACGGCGUCGACCCAACCUCGCCGAAACCACCGUCCCAGCCGAACUCCGACGCUCCCACCGCACCACACGACCGCCGCCACCCGACACAACGCCCCACCCCUCCGUGGCUUCUGCCAGGCGCCUUUGCUACCCGCCCGGCCCCGCCGCCGCCACCUGCAGACCUCCGCCCGGCCCCGCCGGGUCAUCCGCCAAUGCCGCAUGACCCCUAUGCCCCACCGUACGUGCAUCAUCCCGCUCCGCCACCAUAUGCCAACCCGCCUCCGUACGGCGCCCCUCCAUACCGCCCUGUGCGAUCGCCUCCGGCUUAUGGACAGGGGCGUGGAGCGCCGCACCAGUACCCACCGCGAAUGUACAUGGCAAACGACCCGCACGCUGCCCCGCCUGACCAGCGCUAUGGUGCAGACAACUACCCUCCGCCACCGCCGCCGCCGGCAAUCCACAAGGGCCCGGAUUUGCCACCCCCGCCACCACCUCCACCGGCACGCGACUUUCCCCCACCGCCACCGCCAGGAUAA